UUAAAAGUUGAUUUUAUGAGCAACAUGGCAUACUUUCCUUACCAGUGCUACAUUAUAUAUAUAUAUAUAUAUAUAUAUAUAUUAUUGUGCGAUAUUUGGAUCAUUCCAAAUGAUUGAAAGCACCAUUCAGCAACUUAAGUGUCAUCUUUUCUUUGACAACACAUCAAGUUCCUAAAAACGUACACUUCUACAAACCACAGUUUUUUUUUCUAAAUUUAAAUUUAAAAUUUAAAAUAAAAGAAACUGAUACCACAAAUAAAAAUAAUGUCAUCUAUGCAAAGCUGUGACAAGAUAUGUCGGCAGGAUCGUCGACGGUGCAUCUUACUUGUAAGUCCUCAACAGCAACGUCGUGGGAAGAUCUGCACCGAUGGAAGCACGUUGGGCAACGAAGGGCAUCGGCAUGUCUCUCUCCCUCUGUUGUUGCGAGGCACCUCGGCAGGGCUGGAUUAGGGUUUGUGGGAGAGAGACAGACACACACACUCGUAACGGUGUUUUUGCAUUGCAUUUGGCAAUGGAAGCAUUGGCAUUGCGAGGCGGCGGCAUGAAGCCCAUUGGAAGCAUUGGCAUUGCAGAGCCAGAGACACAGGCAGGAAGACCUCAACAGGGUGGCCUUCCUCCACACUCGACUCCACUCCCACCAGAACCCCCUCCCGCGUUGUCCAGGAUGUUGGACUCCGACAUGCGAGGAAGCGUCAUGGCCGAGUUGAUUGUUGACAAACUGAAGCUUCUCCACUACGAGCAGCAGUUUUGCAGUUCUAGGUCCCCGCCCUGGCCGCGCCUCCACAAGUUCUACUUCGCCCUGCCAUCGCUUCACCGUAACGAACAGUUUCUUUAUUUCUCGAGCUUGGCCGCGUGGCUUUUCGGACUGCUUGGUUGCCAAUUUGCCCCUCCUUCCGAAAUUAAUGACCCUAAUAUGACGUGCGCUAAAAUAAUGAUGGAGCUCAUGAAUUUGGGACUCGCGCCGCCCGGUUGGCUUCCUGCUCGAUUGAAGCAGGGAUACGGAGACGCUGUCUGUAGCGUAUUGGACACCUUGUGCAGUCUGGUUCUCGAUGCUAUCAAAUUCGAGUUCCCGCCCAUCGCACACUCGUGCCAGGAAGAGUUGCUCGUGGAGACUGGAGACGACGAGAGCGCAUCUGAGCUGUACAUUGCAGAUGAAGCAAACACCGAAGAGACAUAUGGUGACGGUGACACGCCACGGAUAGUGCAUCCGCAGAUGCUGAACGAUUCAAACACAAUACUGGCUGCAAAUCUCAAUGCGAACAAAUGGAAGUUGGACCUCGAGCGGAUCGCCCCGCAUUUGCGUGUCGCAGUGUCUUCCGAUGGGAACGAUUGGAGGGCACAUUUAGAUCGAGCGAAGAAGCUCUACGAGGAGACUUCCUCAAGCUUCACCCGCGGCAAAACAGACUUAAACAGGUUCGAAAAGAAUGUGACCUCGUCGCUGGAGAAACUAGAGACCCAUGAAAACUUCAUUAACCAGCAGUUGGAAUCGUUGAUAUUGGAGUACGUUGCAGUGCAAGGUCAGCUGUCGGGGGUCCAGCAGAAACAGAACCAAAGUGGGGAGACGUUGUCGAGGUUAACGAUUGAGCAUGCAAAGCUUCUCGAGUCUCUGGAGCAAAUAAAACAGAAGAUGGUGGACAAAGGCAAUGAAAUCUCCGACCUCACGCCGCUCCUUCAAAUCAAGUCUGCAAUGCAGAGGCUCAAGUCGGAGCUACGUGAGAUGGAGGUCCAGAUCGGCGUGUUGGAGCACUCUCUGGUGCGGGUCAGUCUUCGACAAGCCAAAGGUGGCCUUGAUGGUUUGAAAGCAUAAAUCGCCAUCUCCAUCGCUGCAACUGCUUCUACAGUGGGAUCCUUUGUUUUGUUUGUUUGUGUCUGUGUUUUUUUUUCCUUCACAAACCAAAGCAAAAGGAAAUCAUGAAGGAGAUGGGGUUGCAGGAGGUCUUCUCUCCGUUACAAAUACUACAAUGCCAUGUCAUAAUUCUUACACUAUUAGUGAGUGAGAUUGUAAGUAAGUAAGUAAGAAAAAAACACAAACAUCAAACUUUGUUUUGUUACUUAAUUAAUUAAGUGUUCUAGCUUGCUUUGCACAUUGUAUUCUUAUUGCAUUUAUCAAUGUAUUUUUCUAUACGGUAAAAUAUGUUGGAAGAAAAUUUAUACUAA